AUGACGGGGCGCGCACGCGACCACCAUUCCCAAGGCAUCGCGUUGGACCGAUCUCGCACCAACUGCAAGGGUCCUGCACGCGGCGCAGCGACCUGGACUGAGCCGCGGCGGGAGCGCGCCCCUCGCUCCUCGCCAGCGCGCUCGAAGAGCGAAGGCCACCAGCGAACAAUGUACGUCGACGUCCAGUCGUUCGCACUGGGCGCGGCCGCGGUCGGCGCCGUGGCCGUCGUGCGUGCGGUCCGACGCAACUUCCUGUGGAGCUGGCACGACCCCGCGCCGUGCGUUCCCGAGCUGGGCGACGGCGGCGUCGUCGGAGCGGACGAGGACCCGGGCGUCGUCACGGUGUACGGCGGCGGCAGGCUGGGCGAGGCGCACUUCAGCGUCAGUUGGGCGGUCAGUAGAGUGUGUUGCUUCCUGGAGCUGGCCGGCCUCGAGAAACGGUGCGUCGAGGCGCUCCCGGACAAGGGGCCGAAGCACAAGAUGCCGUGGAUCGAGCACCGCGGCAGGACGGUGACGGACUCGGGGUUCAUCAUCAGGUACCUGCGGAAGGUCCUGCCGCACCACCGCGGCGUCCAGGCGCUGUUCGAGUGCGAGGCGCGGGACCCGCGGCGCUGGGCGUGCGCCGCUGCGGCCGCGCGCCUGUGCAACGAGAGCCUGUACUUCUUCGAGCUGCACCAGCGGUGGGUGCGGCCGGGCCCGGGCGCGUGGGACGUCACGAAGAGCCUCUUCGCGGGCGUGCCGGGGCCGAUCCGGCCGCUGAUCAGCACGAUGGUGCGCAACGACCUCAAGGAGUCGAUGUACCGGGUCGGAACGGCGCGGUUCAGUCAGACCGACAUCGCCGCGGAGGUCGAGGAGAUCAUCGCGACGCUCGAGGGGCUCCUGGGGGGCGAGGAGUUCUUCGGCGGGGACACGCCGUGCGCGCACGACUGCAUGACAUACUCCGCGCUCGAGCAGUACUUCCACGCGCCGUGGUACUCCCCCCAAACGACGCCAGCGGUGUUGCGGAGCAAGCGCCUCGCUGCGUACGUCGCGCGCGUGCGGGCGCUGGUCCCGCCGGAGAAGUGCGCGGCGCGUUUCGCCCGCAUGCACGUGCCAGAGGCUGCCAAGUACCGGGGGGCGUGA